GAGGGAGGGAUAAAGGUUGCGAGCGCUGCGGCUGAACAUUGACGACGAGGUGCAGGAAUACUUAUACAGCUUCCAACGCGUCAAUUAUCGUGGAGCCAUCCACCGGCAACAGCAUCUUAGUCCCGCAUAGUCAAAUCUACAUAUAUAUCCUUCCAACAGUCGUUGUCUAGUUAUCGACUUAUUCAGUAAACAUGUUGUUCACUUCAACUACAAUCCUCGCUACGGCCUUCUGCUCGCUGGCGUCUGCGCUACCCACGUCGAAUACAGUUCCUCGAGCGGGCGGCCCUGCGAUUGUACCUAUUCCCUCGACCUGCACCGUCACCGACCCUCUACCGACUGGGUCAAACGCGUCUUACAUACCGUCACCGGCUGCCCACGACGACAUCCUCUACAGCUCCUACUACCCUUCCUACUCGUCGAACACAACUGCCAUGGCACAGCAGUGUCUUCAACAAUGUUACGGCUACGGAUACCAUGUUGAGUGCAAGACAUCAUACUGGGCAGAGAACGUGGUAGUACCGGCAGGAUACUAUGGCACAGCUGGCGGCCAACUAGAGACGGCCUGUCUGAUGUUCAGCAGAGCCUUGACCAGCGACGACUUCGUCGCUGCGCCAGAGGGUCAAGGCACCGAUGCGACGGCCAGCAACAUUGCAUGCUGAAAGCAUCGACUACGGCAAUGAAACUUUGUUUCCAGCAAGGCGGUCGAUAAAUGAGAAACGAUCUGAAACUUGGAGUUUGGGGUCUGGUGUUACGUCAUGGGAUAAACAUGAAGGCAUCCAUGCGGAGACGGUUUCACAUUUCUACUAGGGCAACUAAUUAAUGAUGUUAGACAACACUACGUAAUAAUCCUGAUACUCUUCCAUUUACA